AUGCUAUUUGCACUUCGAUUCUUUAUUACUAAUAUUGCAAAACAAAUCAAAAAUGAAUAUGAAAAAUAUAUUCGUACUUGUGACAAUCGAAAUAUUAUUCGCGUUUACUGUGGUCAAAUAAUUAGAAAUGAUGAACUUCAAUUAAUGAAGAAUAGCAUUGGUGAAUUCCUUUCAAUGAAUUCUUUUUUAUCAGCAAGUCGUGAUCGAUCAACUGCUCUUCACUUUGCUCGAGCUACUCCUAAAACUAAUUAUAUUCAACAGAUUAUAUUCGAAAUUGAAAUUAAUCUGCGUUUACAAACGAAAGCUUUUGAUGAUGUUACUCAAAUCAGUUAUUUUCAAUAUGAAGAUGUAAUAUCAAUUAUGGUUGAUGCUUUGUUUUGGAUUGAAGAAGUAAAUGAAGACAAGAAGAAACGAAUAUGGGCAGCUCGUGUAUCAGCAGCAAGUGAAGAUGAUUAUCAUUUGAAAGAAACGUUUUCUUACAUGAAAAGCACUCUUGGUGAUGAUACUGAUUUGGAUUCUCUUAGGAAGAUUCUAUUAGAAAUGGAUGAACCCUAA